AAUCUGCUAAUAGCACGAGUUGGAUCACUGGGCAGAGCUGAAGUCGCACCAGACCUGCUGAAGGCGCAUCGUGAGGACCGUUAUAGACCGGCAGAGAUGGCGAAGGAGGGAACGGAGACGGCGGAGGAAACCGAGCAAAUGAUCGAAAAGAAUGGAGCUAAAGAGCCGGAGAGCGCAGUUACUGCGCCAGAUUCAAAGGAAAUGCGCGCUGUGCUGCUUUCAGGGUUUGGGGGUCUAAACAAACUCAAAGUAACCAAGAAAACCAUGCCUGAACCCCAAGAAGGAGAAGUGAAAAUUCGCGUUAAAGCAUGCGGCUUGAAUUUCCUCGAUCUUAUGGUACGUCAAGGAAAUAUUGAUAAUCCUCCGAAAACCCCUCUAGUACCUGGAUUUGAAUGUUCUGGAAUAGUGGAAGCUGUGGGAGAAAAUACCAAAGGCUUUGAGAUCGGCGACCGAGUGAUGGCCUUUACAAACUACAACGCUUGGGCCGAGGUGGUGUGCACGCUGCAGGAUUGGGUUUAUAAGAUACCUGAAGACAUGACUUUCCCCGAGGCUGCUGCUUUCUCUAUGAACUUCGUAGCUGCGUACAUGAUGCUGUUUGAGGUGGCCAAUCUCCGGGAGGGGAUGUCUGUAUUAGUUCACUCAGCAGGGGGAGGAGUGGGUCAAGCUGUUGCUCAGCUGUGUGCCACAGUCCCCAACGUCACGGUGUUCGGCACGGCCUCUCCUUUCAAACAUGAAGCCAUCAGGCACUCCGUCACUCACCUGUUUGACCGAAACCUUGAUUAUGUAGCAGAAGUUCGAAAGAUCUCACCUGAAGGAGUGGACAUUGUUCUCGAUUGUCUGUGUGGUGAGAAUUCAGGGAAAGGUUUGAGUCUCCUGAAGCCACUCGGCACAUACAUCCUUUACGGUUCUUCAAACAUGGUGACGGGCGAGACGAAAAGUUUCUUCACCUUUGCCAAAUCUUGGUGGCAGGUGGAGAAGGUUAACCCCAUCAAACUGUAUGAAGAAAACAAAGUCAUGGCUGGAUUUUCGCUGCUCAGCCUCCUUUUUAAGCAGGGCGGCUGUAGCCGAGUGAAGGCCGCUGUCAACAACCUGCUUUCACUCUACAAUGAGAAGAAAAUCAGACCUUUAGUGGAUUCCCUAUGGGCUCUUGAGGAGGUGAAAGAGGCCAUGCAGAGAAUCCAUGACAGAGGAAACAUCGGAAAGCUGAUCCUGGAUGUGGAAAAGUCUCCCACUCCUUUAAUGGCGAGCGACAGCACCGAGACAAGCGAGGCGGGUGAGGAAGAGGAGGAGCAUGAAGGAGACAGUGAUAAUAAGGAACGAAUCCCCUUCAUCCAGUAGACCCCAGUGACUUGCCCCAGGUUAAGAAGAGACUGUGAGGGGAUGAGUGUCCUGUGUUCCCCCAUGCUGUAGUGAAGUGUACAAGUGUGUGACUGUAGUGUGUCUGAAAAUUUCUUUCUUGCCAACUCAAGUGCCAUUCCCAGCACAGUGCUGAAGAGUUCCAGUGUUGACCAUGUGACCAUGUGUGUGUGUGUGUGUGUGUGUGUGUGUGUGUGUGUGCACGCGCUUCUCCUUCCCACGUCUAUGUAUGUGUUGAACUUGUGCUGUGCAGUUCUGUUCUGUUAGUGAGUAAAGGAAAGCAAGGCUCAGUGUCUGCCUCAGUGUCUGCUCAACCUCUUCGGGUUUCACACAGCUUGUAGACCACAAGACUAAGGCAAAGAAACAACAUUCUGUCAUUUUUGUACAACAAAACCUGAAGAAAGAAAGAAAGAAAGAAAGAAAGAAAGAAAGAAAGAAAGAAAGAAAGAAAGAAACAAUAUGGGAGAUCAUAUAUACAAUAUGAAUAAAAUGAUUUACUGUGUGCUUUGUACAUUAUAGUGAUGUUUACCAGUUAGAAAUGCAACUGAUUCUAAGAAAGAAAGAGAAAGUGCUUUGGGCACGAUGCUGGUCACACGGCAAGACCAAAGCAAGUAGCUCUCUGUUGCUGAUAUAAUAAUUCACCAGUAAGUGAUCUGAGCUUUAGAGUGGAGGUGAAACCUGAAAAGAAUCAGCAGUAGGAUGAAGGAAACGCAGAGGCUGUGAAUUUCUGAGUCUGUUGGCUUUUGUGAUUGUGUAUGUGUGUGUGAUUCUGUGUUGUGUUUACACUGUGGUGCUUGUGCUGAGUUAAUGUUUCAUAAAAGUAUAUUUUUGCAACAGUGUAAUGUGUGUAGAGAGAACUGUAACUGCACUUCAAGUCAAGUGAAGAAGUCAAAAAGCUCUUAGCCACCUGUACCUCUACCUGUACCUGUACUUCUGCCUGUACCUGGACCUGUUCUUCUACCUGUACCUGUACUUUACCUGUACCUAUCCCAAUACAUGUACUAUACAUGUACCUAUACAUGUAACUUCAUGUGUACUUCUUCCUGUACCUGUACUUUACCUGUAUCUAUCCCUAUACAUGUACCUAUACAUGUAACUUCAUGUGUACUUCUACCUGUACCUGUACUUUACCUGUACCUAUCCCUAUACAUGUACCAGUAUCUUCACAUGUACUUCUUCCUGUACCUUUAUCUCUACCUGUACAUCUCCCUUUAUCUGUUCCAGUACCUUUACCUGUACCUGUACUUCUACCUGUACCUGUAUCUCUACCUAAACCUUUACCUGUACCUGUACCUCUGUACCAGUACCGAGAAUUCUACCUAAACACCUUCUAUACCUGUUUCUUUACCUGUACCUCUAUAUGUACCUGUACCUUUAACUGUAUCUGUGUCUGUAUCACUUAUACUGUACACUGAAAUAAGGAACCAACAUGCAUCACACAUACCUCUAAUCAGACAUACUGAAUAAUUAUGCAUAGCUGAUCAUCAUAAAUAUCUGAUCUAAUAAUAUAACGUUAUUCAAACUAUCUAGCUAUCUUUCAGAACAUUACACAGAAAGUAAAACAAAUGAAAAUGGGUAAAAUUUGAAAAAAGUGAAAAAAAGGAAAAAAGGAAGAUAAAGGAUGACUGUAUUUUCUUUAGUCCCAGUUUGUGCAAAAUUAUUUUUAUUUUAUUUUAAUUCUAAGAAUUAAAUAUGAAAUUGUAUGAAGACAGAAAAGAAAAUCUUUACUUAUUCGUAAACCUCACCGAAAGAAAACAAGGAAAUAUUUUUAAAAAAGGUAUAGUUAUUUUUUCUUUCUUUUUAUAAAGAAAGAAAGAAAGAUGAAGUAAAGUUUUCAGAAACGUAAAAAUUAAAAAUUUUCAGAAGCGUUUCAAAAAUGUAAAUUAAUUUUAAAUUAAAAUUUAGAAAGAAAGAAAGAAAGAAAUUGCAUGAUUUAUUUUUUUUUCUUUACAGAAAGAGAGAAAAAGAGAGAGCCUUAACCUUUGAAUAUAUACAAGGUAAUAACUGUAAAAAAAAAUCUUUAAAAAAAUAAAUCAAUUACUGAAAUGUAGAAGAAGAGAAAAACGAAAGUGUUAAAAAUUGAUUUUAGAGCUACAGUAAGUGUUAAAAAAAGAAUGAUAGGAAGAAGAAGAGAAUGAAAAUCCGACAUUGUUUUAGAUAUCACAGCUCUUCUAAACCUCAUCUCGUAAUCGUACAGCUCUGAUAAUAAAGGAGAAGAAACUAGACUUUAACCUUCAUCACACAUUCAUCACCACAAACUGACCCUGACACUGAGGAACGUUUAGUGAAGAGCUGUGAUGUGAUACUCUCCAGUCCAGUAUUACACACUCCAGUCUUUUCAGACCUUCAGUAUGUUGUGUCAAAUUUCAGUCCCAGACUUUUAAAUGGCUUUUUCUUGUAGAAUUCUUCAUGCUCGGUAAUUGUGUCUAGACUCAUUCCAGGCAGAAAACAGAGUAAUGUUUAGAUGUAGUGAAGCUGAUUUGCUUUUGCUGUGUUGUGCAUAGAAAUUCAAAGAUACAAAAAUAAAAAAAAAGACCUGCAGA